AUGGAUUUUAGUCCUUCAUCAGUGUUUGAUCAACAGAAAGGUGAUUCUACAGACGAAAUCGACCUGACUCUGGUAUAUCAAGCAGCAGCUAAUGGGGAUAUCAACACUCUGACUGCUGUCAUCCGUGAAGAUCCCUCAAUAUUAGAAUGUUGUGAUAGCGAUGGUUGUACUCCCUUAAUGCAUGCCAUCUCAGGGCGCCAACUUGAUACAGUGAAAUUGCUGCUGAAGAUGGGAGCCAAUAUCAACACUCAAGAUGCCUGUGGGCGCACCAGUUUAUCUCUUGCAACCUACCUGGGAUGGCUAGAGGGCUGUGUCAGCCUGCUAAGAAAUGGGGCCAAACAGAACAUCCCCGACAAAAAUGGAAGAUUACCACUACAUGCUGCCACGGCUGAUCCCAGUAUCAGGCUUUUAUCUGUGCUGCUACAGCAGUCUGAUCUCAGUGAAAUUAACCACCAGGACAAUGAGGGAAUGACAUCUCUUCACUGGGCUGCAUUCCACAAUCGACCUCAGCAUGCACAAACACUGCUGCAUAAAGGAGCUGAUCCAACAUUGGUGGACAAAGAUUUUAAAACAGCUCUUCACUGGGCAGUUCAGAGCGGAAACAGGAUCCUGUGUUCUAUCAUCCUGAACCACCGCCAGAGCACAUCAAUAAUAAACUAUGAUGAUGAGAAUGGGAAGACUUGCUUGCACGUUGCUGCUGCUUCAGGAUACAGCGACAUUAUCAGUGAGCUGGCUAAAGUCCCAGAAUGCAACCUGCAGGCCCUUGAUGUGGAUGACAGGACACCUUUACACUGGGCUGCAGCAGCAGGAAAAGCUGACUGUGUAAAGGCCUUGCUACAGCUAGGGGUAGAUAGCAGCCCAAGAGACAUCAAUGAGAACACCCCACUGACAUAUGCUAUGUACUGUGGGCACACAGCAUGCAUCAAACUGCUUUCCCAAGAGAACAGACCUGAGUUUGUUCAUCAAGUUUCCAACCAAAAUAAUAAAUUCCUGAAGAAGGAAGGUAGACUCAGUAUGCUGAACCAAAUCUUCUGCAAAAAGAAAAAGGAGGAUUGGAAGUCAAACCCCAAAGACAAGAAACGAGAGAGAUCUCAGAGAGAAGAAACCUCAGAAGUAGAUGAUAUUAUCACCACAUUUGACUGCAUUAUGGAUGCCAGCUGCAAAGGUUCCUCUGAGGAGUGUGUCACAGCUAUUGACUUUAAAAGAAGAAACACAGACACCAAAAAGUACCUCAUCUCAGAGAAUAACCCACCAGACUGCAGUGGCCUUCCACCAAUAAGAACACAAAGCCUGCCACCCAUUACUAUGGGCCAUUCUUUUUUAACGACUUCUCACUCAACAACCCCUAGCAUGAAUCUGGGCACUGAUAGUCACCAUUUUGUACAUAGGUCUCAAAAAAGCAGAAGUGAACAUGAUUUGUCAGAUCAAAGGAGCAGCCGACAAACACUGGAUAAGCCUUGGAAAGUUGACACUAACCAAAUACUCACAUGUAAAGUCUGGACGACAAUGCCUUCUGAUAAUAAACUGAUAGAUGGAUUGUUCCCAGAAAGAUCCAGUCAUGUGCUGUUGUGUCCUCCCCACCUUCCACACCUGCCUAAUUCUCCAUCAGGGAAAAGUUUUCAACAGGCAAUUCUAGAACAACGCAAAGUAAACGAACUAACUCCUGUGCGGAAUAACUUGGCUCCCAUACUAAACCACUGCAUUCAGAAAGCUCAGCAACCACCCAGCCAAGCUUCUCAGGGUGUCAAAGAGAUGAAGUCAUUGUCUUUAAACUCUUUAAGGACUGGUGCCUCUAUUCUUCCACCACCACUUAUCACCAAAACUCCAAAAGCAGCACUUUCUCAGCGUACCUUGCUGUACUCUUUCUUACCAGUGCUAUCAGCUGAACCUCUCCAAACAAGCAAAGUCCUGCCUGCUAUUCCAAGCCACAAGGGAUCCAGCCUCACUGGAGAGGCACUUAACCAACCACACUGCAAAUCAAAUAAUGACCAUUAGCUCAAGAGUCCUAGGUGGUCCAAGAACUGGUGGAUAAAAUACAUUUCUACAGGUUGCUUUCCAAUCCAUUGUUAAUUAAGGAAUUAGCAAACUGACAAUUUAAGAAGGCUACCAGCACUAAUCAUGCAAUCUAUUUGGUGCAUUUAUUUUAUCAUAUUGGGGAAAGUGCUAGCAAAUGGGCUGUGGAAACAGAAAGGGGGGAAAGACAACAAAAAUGCAACUUCACUUUGCUGUUUAGGCUCAGAAGCCAAGCAAGAGUGCCAGCUUCCAGGGCUAAAUCAAAUGUACUUAGCACAUGGUUAGCACAUAUACAUCUCAUUGAGGGCUGAUCUAUACUUAAAAAUAUCUGCUUGCAUGGGCACUCCAAAUACCAGGCAUUACAUUUAACUUAGUCCUAGCUCAUACAUAUGCAGCAUUUCUAUGAUAGUAUUCUGUGGCCCAAAUGGCAGCCAUGCUUGUGUGCAAAUCCUCCAGGCUUAUCACCUUUGAAACAUGAUGUCCCUUAUAUAAUGUACCCAGGUAAGUGCCUUUCAGACCUAUUCCCACAUAAUGUCCUUGUUUGCACAUCACAUUAAGCCAUAGCUUGUCUUAAACCAUAGUUUAAUUAUGAACAUUGGUUUAUUACUGCCUUAUGGUUCACGGUUUGUCUGAAACAAGAAAACCACAGUCUGGGUUCAGACAAUACAACAAGUCAUGCUAUGGCUUGUUUGAGCUGUGCAGGUAUGUGGCAGUGAGAAGCUGCAAGAGGAACUGAUUAAACAAUGGUUUAAGACACUGUGGCUUAUUUUGACUUGUGAACCAGGCUAAAUGAAUAACACAUUUAAAUUGGUUCUAAAUCCAUUUUUAAGGUCCCAUUGACUAGUAGGAGUUAAGUGUGAUGUUCCUGUAGGUUAAGCAUCUGUAAAUAUGGUAAGUGCGAGUCUAUUAGGUGAUGUAUGGUAAUUGACUGAGAGAGAAAGGGGGAGUACAUGGAUGAGAAGCUGAAGUAUGCUAGAUGAUGAUUGGCUGAGUGGCUGGCUGGCUGAAGGUAUAAAUGGAGGUUUGUGAGUGAUGGGGGGAGAAGUUGUUGAGUUGGCUGG